UGACCACCAGAUACCAAAGUUUACGCGUCCCCGGUGACUCCCGCAUCAUGUUACCCGGAGGAGCGGCUCAUAUCCGGCUGUGCGUGGUGAAGCACCGCUGGCUGCCCGCACUUCUCGCUCUGCUCGUCCUCCUCUCCUGCAGCCUGGGCAGCUCACACAGCACCACUGUGGAGCACGACUUCCAUAUUGUCCACAACCUCGACAACAGAAGUCCAGAGAUUGACCCCUUUUGGUACGUGGGACGAGGUGUACGACCUAUUGGGCGUUUUGGGAAGAGGUACAGCAGCACGGAGAUUUUGACACCGGUGGAAGUGCAGCCGGUUGUCAGGACGUUACUGCAGCUCCUCACAACUCUCCGAAACAAGGAGAACUUGGACCAAGUUCUGGCCAGAUCUGACACUGACUGGUUGCCGUAACACAUCAUGAACUCCUUCCAACAAUGAUCGCCAAAGUGUCUUUUUUUAUUAUUUGUUGGAACAAAAUCAGUCCAUUUGCUCUUGGUCAUCCGCUUUCCAGAUGUGACUAUUCAAUUUUAUUCUCCAUUGACAAAUGAAUAAACAGAGGUGUUGAGCUCAUCUACUGAUCGUCUUAACAAAUUUAUUUAUGGAAAUUAUGGUCUAAAUUCAGAGUCUUGCACAGUAAGUUCAUAGUUUGUAAAGCAAAAUCUCAUGGCAGCAUAUCAAUGGUAGUUUUAAUUUCAUCUGAAUACAGUGAAUUUUUUUUUUCUUCUCUAAACUCAACCUACUGUGAAUAUUACCACAUAAUUCCAUCUACAAGCUUGUUUUAAAAUUUUAUUCAUGUCAUAAUACAUAUUUCAUCCCAGAAAUCUGUGGCACAUAAAUAAUAUGUACUUUUUUUUUUGCUUGUAUUUUCCCCGCCGUGUCACAUGAACUGCAACAAACAAUUGCACAUAAAAGCGAGCAAUCCAUACAUGUUGCUGCAAAGUCAG